AUGGACGGUUGCGCAUACAACCAGUUUGCUCACCUAGAAAUCCAGCUUGAAGAGAUAGUAUCCGCCACAAACAACUUUGCACCUGAAAAUCUGAUUGCGGAAGGUGGAUUUGGAAAGGCUUACAAGGGACAACUGCGAAGAUCCGGACAAUUGAUUGAUAUUUAUGCACGGAGGUUAGAUGAUGAAUAUGGGCAAGGAGACAAUCAGUUCUGGACUGAGAUUUCAAUGCUUUCUAGUCUCCAACAUGAAAAUAUCAUCACUCUUUUUGGAUUUUCUGAUGAAGAUGAUGAAAAAAUCAUCAUUUAUGAGCAUGCAAUUCACGGAAGUCUAGAUCAACACCUUAGUGAUCCAAAUCUCACAUGGUUCCAAAGACUGAAAAUAUGUUUAGGUGUUGCGCGCGGAUUGAGUUACAUCCAUUAUGAUGUCAUACAUUGUGACAUCGAUAGCUCUAAAAUAGUUUUGGAUAAAGACUGGGAACCUAAAAUAUUUGGUUUUGAACAUUCCACAAAAUAUCCUCAAAGUUGGAGGCAUCGCCUUCUCUUCUCUCACAACUUUUACAACCCAAAUAUGACGCCCAAAUAUGAUGUAUAUUGUUUUGGUGUAUUGUUGUUUGAAAUCCUUUAUGGGAAGAAACCAAUGAAAACAGAAGAUGGUGUUAAGGUAGAACUGGAUGACAUCAUCAAUCCAAAGUUAAGGAAGCAAAUGGACAGACAAUCGUUGGGCGACUUUAAAAAAAUUGUUUAUAACUGCUUAAGUGAAUAUCCUGUGCAACGCCCGACUAUGGAUGAUAUUGUCAAAAAACUUGAGGACGUGUGGGAACUUCAAUGUCAACACGAAAAUAUUGAACAUUCCCCAUCCACAGACGAAGGUACAUCAUCAAACCUCCUGAAGGUAAUAAAAUUUAUUUUUAAAAUGUGAUACGACAUUCACAUUACUUCACAUUCUGAAAUGUGAAGUCUUCAUUUAUUGAAUUUUCAAUCCUUCUCAUAUUAAUUUAUAUAUGUAAUAUUUAUAAAAAUUGAA